AAUAGGGUGAUGCCCAGAUUUAAGACCCUGUGGAGCUUUUUCUCUCUUCCGUCACUUGCUCAGGCACGCCGAGGGCAGCUUGUGGGGGGUCCUCACGGCAAACCAAGAUGGCUGCCCCCUUGAGGAAGACUGUGAGAGGGUGGUUGGACCUACCACUGAGUGUACGCAGUGCUGUUCUGCGGCUUCCAGGGCUCAUCCAGGUGAGAUGGAGCCGCUAUGGCCCUGAGUACAGGGAUCCCCAGACUGACAAGGAGUAUUUCCGCAAGCCCUUGGCAGAGCUGACUGAGGAAGAGAAGUUUGAGCUGGAGUUGAGGAAGACGCAGCUUAUCAAAGCUGCCCCAGCGAUGAAAACUGGCUCUGUGUUCGAAGACCCGUUGAUCAGCAAAUUCACCAACAUGAUGAUGAAAGGAGGAAACAAAGUUCUGGCCAGAUCCCUCAUGACAAAGACUCUGGAAGCUGUGAAAAGGAAGCAGUUUGAGAAGUACCAUGCCGCUUCCUCGGAGGAACAGGCAGCCAUUGAACGCAACCCCUACACCAUCUUCCACCAAGCCCUGAAAAACUGUGAGCCUGUGAUUGGGCUGGUACCCAUCCUCAAGGGUGGUCAUUUCUACCAGGUCCCUGUGCCGCUAUCCGACCGGCGACGGCGCUUCCUGGCCAUGAAGUGGAUGAUUACUGAGUGCAGGGAGAAGAAGCCCCGGCGGAUGCUGAUGCCAGAGAAGCUGUCACAGGAGCUACUGGAGGCUUUUCACAACCGGGGCCCUGUGAUCAAAAGGAAGCACGACAUGCACAAGAUGGCAGAGGCCAACCGAGCCCUGGCCCACUACCGCUGGUGGUAGGGGCAGGGAGGCUCCAGGAGGAGCCCGGGGCGCUCUGCUGCAAGAGGCCGUGUGAGCCGCUGCUACAUGAAAAGCACCUGUGCUGAAGGAUGUAGUUCAUCCGUAAGGGCAGGCAGGCCUCCCAGGAAGGAGCGAGCAGUGUAUUCAUUGCUCUAGUCCUUCCCUGUGGGCUAGAACUUGCUCUCCCUGCCCUAGCUCCUUGCAGAGAGCCAAUACAUGGACUUGGAGUUUCCCCAAGAAACGGGGCCCCUCCCACCUUCUCUUCCCUCAACUCAGGGUGGAUACAUUUGGGUGAUGAAAGGAAACAUUUUCACAUCAGAAAGGUUUAUUAGAAAACUCCCCCUGCACUGGAGCAUAUGAUGCAGGGCCGCCACUCAUUAAAACCGACUGCAGGAAGCACCUGUUUCCAAGGUCGUGCUUAUACAAAUGUA